AUGUCCGUUUACGUUAUUACCGGAGUGUCUAAGGGACUCGGGUUCGAGUUCCUUAGACAGAUCUCAGAAGACCAGAAGAAUCUGGUCGUUGGUCUGGUCCGCGAUAAAGCUGGGACCGAGAAGAAGAUAGCGGCAGAACUAGGUGACCGUCCCAAUAUCCACAUCCUCCAUGCAGACCUCACCAAGUACGCCAGCCUAAAGCAAGCCGCUGCCGACACGGCCGAGAUUGUUGGCGAGCGUGGCAUCGACUACCUGGUGGCUAACGGAGCUUUGGUGCCCUACUUGGACACCUAUGGACCUAUCGGCGCAUUGAGCGAUAAGGUCGAGGAGGUCGAGGCUGUUUCAUCGCAGCUAUCGCAGACUAAUGUCGUCGGCAACAUCCACCUCUUCCACCUCUUCCUCCCUCUUGUCCUGAAGGGCAAGGUUAAGAAGGUGAUUACCAUUUCUACCGGUCUGGCCGACCUCGACUUGACCAACGAUUGCGAGGUUGAUAUUGGUGCUUUAUACGCUGCCUCUAAGGCGGCUAUGAACGUUAUUGUAGCGAAGUUCAACGCGCAAUACAAGAAAGAUGGUGUGCUCUUCAUAAGUAUCAGCCCGGGUUUGGUGGAGGUGGGCCGCUACGCGGAUUCCACCCCGGAAGAGAUCCAGGGCUUGACGGGAUUUAUAGGCAAGCUCGUAACAUAUGCGCCUCACUUCAAGGGCCCAAUUACUCCGGAAGAAUCCGUCCGACAUGUCAGGUCGACCUGGGAGAAGGCUAGCAUCGAGGGUGGGUUUGGUGGGGCGUUUGUCUCGCAUCUUGGAAACAAGCAGUGGGUGUAAACUUGGGGUCCCGCUCCAUCAAUUACUCUGAUACACUUAUUGAUGUACGUGCAACACGUGCAUCUACGUAUACUCUACGAGAUCAAUACACUCGAUUCUAGAUGUCUAUUCGGGCUGGCCACCAUCCCACAUGACCCAUACCUUCUUGCCACCACGUCUUGUUAAGGAGAAAUUAAAGGUAGGGCCACAGGCGAGAUAAUAUUGAUUGGAUACAUGCUUAGGAGAAGAAUAUUGAGGUGGGUGGGUGUCUUUUAUAGACCCCGAUACCGCCUUCUAGAUCUGAUUCCCACAGCGGGGUCAAGUACGCUUCAGUCAAUCGUUGCUCUAAUUCUGGCGGGUUGAGAGAUAUACUUUGAAUCUAU